UCGCUCACCACGUCUUCGGCAUCCCGCAUCACCAAAGAUGCCGCCCUCACAGCCCAAGAAGCCUGACGUGUCCGCUGCCGCCAAAGAGCGCAACGAAUACAUCCCCUCGUUCAUCUCCAAGAAGCCCUUCUAUGCCGUCGACGAAGAUGGCGAAGACAACACGGAUUACCUCGAGCACCAGCGUCUCCAGAAGCAGGAACAAGACUCAAAAUGGUACGAUCGCGGCAAGAAAGCCGGUCCCGCGGCAACAAAGUUCCGCAAAGGCGCAUGCGAGAACUGCGGAGCCAUGACGCACAAGAAGAAGGACUGUUUGAGCCGGCCGCGCAAGGCUGGCGCAAAGUAUACGGGCAAGAACAUCGAGGCAGAUGAGGUCGUCCAGGAAGUUCAGUUGGGAUUCGAUGCGAAACGCGACCGCUGGAACGGGUACGAUGCGUCCAACUUCGAGGAGGUGAUUGAGGAGUACAACGCCAUGGAGGAAAUGCGCAAAAAGGCAAAGGAGGCAGAGAAGGGCGACAAGUCGGACAACGAGGAUGACGGCGACAAGUACGACGCCGAGACCGACAUGGGGCGGAAGCAGGCCACAUCUACACGGAACCUGCGGUUACGAGAGGACACUGCAAAAUACCUUCUCAAUCUUGAUCUCGAUUCGGCCAAAUAUGACCCCAAGACGCGUUCCAUGGUCGACAGCGGCGCGACAGCAGACAGCGCAGCCCAAUUGGUGGCCGAAGAAGGCUUCAUGAAGGCAUCUGGAGAUGCCGCAGAGUUUGAAAAGGCACAGCGGUACGCGUGGGAGACACAGGAGCGCGGAGACAAGAACAAGCUUCAUCUGCAGGCCAACCCUACAUCUGGUGAGGUCAUGAGGAAGAAACAACUCAAAGAGGCUGAAGAGGCAGCGGUCGCCAAAAAGAAAGCGCUGGCUGAGAAGUACGGAACGCAAGAGAAGUUCACCAGCGACACACUGCGCAGGACGGCCGUCACAGAAAACGAGCGGUAUGUCGAAUACGACGAGCGAGGCGCCAUCAAGGGCGCACCAAAGGUGAAGGCAAAGUCGAAAUACCCAGAGGACGUGCUGCUCAACAACCACACAUCUGUCUGGGGCAGCUGGUGGUCCAACUUCCAAUGGGGCUUUGCUUGCUGUCACUCGACGGUCAAGAACUCAUACUGCACGGGCGAGGCAGGCAAGGAAGCCUUUGAGUUAGCGGAUCGCAUGCGAACGGGUGCUGAUCUCGACGAGGUUCCAAAGGAGAUUGCAUGGAAGGAAGAGGAAGCGCUUGAGGAGCAUGUCCCCAAUGCUCCAGACGAAGCCAAGAAAGCAAAGGCAGAUGCGGCGAGUCGGAAACGAGCCCUCGACGAGAUGACUGGGCAGGCAAAUGAAGAGGAGAUGGAGGAGUAUCGCCGGAAGCGUACCAUGGCGGCAGACCCUAUGGCGGCAUACCUCUCCAAAGGCGGUAAAAGUGAGGCGAUUUGAGUUGUCCGAUGGCACCACGUUGUCAUGGGGCGUUUGUUGUGUAGCGGUAGCAUUGCAU